UGUUUCUGGUUUUUUUUUGACGCUAGAUGGAACUUGGUCCGCGUGUCCGGUUCAAGUCCGUCGGUUCCAAUAAUUCAGUAGAUUGCCAGGACGCCGUAAGGCCGACAUUUUCGUUCAUUUGCACUACGUAGACGAGUCGAGGAAUUGUAAGGGGGCCGGUCUUGAGUAAUUGUGACAAUUUCGAGCUUACAGAACGUGGCGCGACUUUCUUUGAAAGCCGACCAUUGUCACCAUUUUCAUCAUUCGUGACUCAACUAUAUGCAAUAAUCAUGAGUUACGGCUACAAUAAGUACAGCUCCAGCAUGAGCUCACGUGGGCGUGUGUUCAGCUCUCGUGGUGGUGGCAGUUCUUACAGAGGACGUGGAGGAGGUAGUGGUGGAGGAAGUGGCGGUAGUGAUUGGAACAGUGGAUCAGCUGCUGGAAACGUUACCAGCAGAGGUGGCUACUCGUCAUCCAGAGGUGGUAGAUUCAAAUAUUCUACACCUAGCUAUGACUCCCGUUCUAAAUAUACUCCAGGUGGAGGUUCUGAAAGAUAUUCAAGCAGAGGUGGUCGAGGAGAACAUUCUAACAGUUACAAGCGUCCACGGGAUUCAUAUUCUGGCAGAGAUGACCAUCGUUCAUCGAGCGAGUCGACACGUAAAAGAAUUAGAAGUGAAUCUUACCAGGGAGGAAGCAGCGGAGGCGGAGGUUCCCAGAGGUAUUCGUCAUCGUACGGCGGCACGUCGUCCUCGGCUCCUUACGAGGAGAACAAGAGAUCAUCCUCGUCGGCAGUAUACGACGACAAGCGGCAGAGCGAUCGCGCCUCCACGUAUCAUCGCUCGGAGGAUCGUCACUCGGCGUCCAGGAGUUACGCGCCGCCGCCGCCGCCCCGGAUUAGCGAGAUGCCGCCGCCGGUACCACGUUACAACACCUCCAGCCGUGGUAGAAUAUCCCACCAGAAUACCGGAUACAGGGGUCGCAUCUCGACCCGGGGCGGCGGUACCCGCGGAAACGGCGGCGGCGGCUUUCAUCGUAUGGGCUCCAGGUCCGACGUCAUCCUGGCGCGCAAACGAUCGCUCAACAUGCUCGAAUAUCGUCGGAAGGUCCUUGGCUCGCGUUCGAGAGACUACAUCCAGCGUGUGCGCAUGACCAGCACAAAAUUGCGCAGGAGUAGCGGUACUACUAGGCUAUCCGGCAGUAAAAAGGACUCGGGAUCCGGUUCCAGCAUGAAGGACAAGGACAGAGAGAUGGCCAAGGCUAUUAACGCGGAGUUUUCCGACGACGACGAUGACGUGGACGACAACAAGAGUAACUGGGACGACGACGAGAAGCCGCAAGAACACGAGGAAGAGGAGGAGGAGGAUGAUGAUGAUGACGAAGAGGAUGAUGUGGAGGGUGAUAAGAAGAAGAAAGAUGAGAAGAGAAAGAAGGAGAAGCAGGAGAGGGAGAGGCAUACUGAGGAUGAGGAGGAGAAGGACGACGAGGCCAAGGACGACGAGGAUGACGUUAAGCACGGGGAGGACGAUGCUGAGGACGAGGAGAGAGACGAGAAUGAUAAGGGUGAACAUCCCAGGGGUGCCGGGAACGAGGAACUGCCCAGUAGACGCGACGGUAGACGCUUCAUUAAGCUCAGCUGUCCCCAUUGCGCCCACCGCAGCGUUACCUUUAAGGAGUACUCGCUUCAUUUGUACUCCGGGCGACAUAACACCGCCAUGAGACGCGUCGCGGCGCGGUACAAGGCGAUGCUUGCGAGGAUGCGCGUCGUACAGAGGCAGGAACAGAGGAGAGUCGAGACUAGGGAUGCUGCUAGGGGCACGUUACCCUCGCGCACCAUUUUCUGUCCCAUUUGCAAGCUGAACUAUCGCUCCUUGAAGGCCAUGCACCAGCUCUCUGACUCCCAUCGUCAGAUGAAACGGUUCCUCACUCCGUUCUGUCGUGUCUGCCGGAUGCAAUUCCGCUCGCCCAUGAGUUACGAGACUCACGUUUGCUCCUUGGAUCAUAUUAAGAGGAAGAGUAUGGUCGAGGAGAGGAUGAAUAACGGAAGCGUAGAGGCGGAGGCUGACUCGAGUGGUCCUGACGAGGAUGAUAAGGAAGUAAAUCUGGACAACUUCAUGACUCUGGACUCUGUGGGGGAUGUUGACGCCGAGGAGGAUGAGGAAGCUGGGGAUAAGAAGAAGAAGGAGAAACCGGAAGGGGAGACCACUGCCGAGCCAGAAAAGAAACCUAAGACCAAGCAGAUGAUAAAGGUCGGCGCAGAGUAUAUUAAGCGUGUGGAAGUUCAGUUUUGUGAACUGUGCAAGGUCUACCUGCCCCAGAAGAGCGACAACAGCGAGAGGGCCAUAGCUCUUCAUUGCUCGUCUCGAAUUCAUCUGAAAAGAUACGUCCGGGACAACGACGAUAAGGCACUACGUCGACAGGCUGAACGGAUACACUUGCAGACUUCCACGUCGGCGAAUACUAGCGUCGCCAGCAGUAGCACUCCGGGUACCAUAGAGACUACUAAGACAUCGACAGCUGACAGUCCUCAACCUCCAACGUCCUCAGCAAGCGGUACUACCUCAGCGACGGCUACGGGGGGCACUUCCAACGUUGUCACGGAGAACGUAAAACCUGCGGAUCAAAAGAAUGGAGCUGCUGCCGAAUCUGAGAACAAAGGCAAACCCGAGGCCAAGGAGGGUCACGAGGAGGAGGAUGAGGAUGACUAUCAUGUUGACGGUGGCGACAAGCUCUGGGACGACGUAGACAAGGACCUGGGAGUGAUACUCAGGGAGACUGAACCCGGGACAAAGUCUAGCGACGACGAAGACUCGCGAUACGACCGCUUCCGCAAUUCGGACACGAAAUUGCAGCUGCUGCAACACGGUAAAGAGAAGGAGAGAGACAACGAACAGAAGGAAGUCGAGGAUAAGGAUGUCACAGCCAAGAAGACGGAAGUCAAGGUCAAGAUUGAAAAAUUGGAGAAGUAAUUUCGCGCGCAUACGUGCCAUGGAAAAUGAUUGGAGCCUAAUCCGAUCCCUUCACGUGUGACGUUGAUUGCAUAUUAAUCGGUCUGCUGCUUCGUGUACGCUGUGGCAUCGGGACAAGAAUUCUGUUUAUAAUUAUUAUACAUGAAAAUAUAAACAAACAAAUAAGACUUGUAGUUAGCGUCGGGUAAAAAGUGUUACGGUGACGUCUGAUAGCUCUUGACUUAUUGGCACUAAAGUACAUGAUUAUUUUUUUUUUCUCCCUCUUGCCAAAUGUCAAUCCAACAUUUUAAACGUCUUGUUACUGACACUCGCUAGAUUAAUGGAGCUAAAGCGGUCAUGUGAAAUUUGUUUAAACUAUCAGUCGCCUGGCGAUUAGCUGUGAACUGCGUGUUUACUGCGAAUUCGUAUUUGUCGAACAAUACUGAUGACAAAACGUGGAAUUUUCAUCGCAUUGUGAACCAUUAAGUGAAAUACCUAAAUCAGAUUUUUUUUAAAUAGGAUAUUGACCAUUUGUUUCAUAUACAACAGUGUUGCCAAACAAAAAAUAAAAGUACGACGAGAAUGUACAACUUUUCCAUCACUUCUUUCUCAAACUUUCAUUCGUGGCAUUCAAUAAUUAAAAUCUCGCUAGCUACUUUAAUCAACGACUUGAACAACAUCCUGUCACUGCAGGGUGACAAUAGAUAUUAAUUCCGUAAUAUUAUUGUGAUCAAAAUAAAAGAAUACUGUGCAAAAACUACGUCAUGUGUAUACUAGUUGCAAUAAACCGUCUACAUUAGUAGCGUUUUUGUUUUUGUCGGAUGAAUUUCCAGCGUGGAAAAAUCUUUGAAAAGUCCGUAAUGUAGCAGAGCAAUAAAAAGUGAAGUGUAAUUAA